AUGGCAAGUUCGAUGGUUGCUGUCUCGCGCAGACUCUACCGCUCCCUUCUCUCGAACUCCAAGUCGUCUCAAAUGUCCAUGCCUUUCUGCACAACAACCGUCUCCUCUUUCGAUCACUCAGAAGCAGAGACCGAGACUCUCAACUCGGACACCGAGUCAGUUCCCAACUCCGCCGCUUAUUCUUCUUCAUCGUCGCCCCCCGCCGGCGAACGGGUGGUGUUUGAUCGCCCGCUUGAGGGUGGCCUCGAUACCGGAGUUUACAAGGCGAUAUUGGUGGGGAAAGUUGGGCAGAGUCCAUUUCAGAAGAAAUUGAAGGGCGGGAGAACGGUGACUCUGCUCUCCCUGGGAACCGGAGGGAUUCGAAAUAACCGUAGGCCUCUGGAGAAUGAGGAGCCCAGAGAUUAUGAGAAUCGAUGUGCUGUUCAGUGGCAUCGUGUCUCGGUUUACCCUGAGAGAUUGGGGGAUAUUGUCAUGAAGAAUAUUGUGCCCGGUUCAAUUGUGUAUCUGGAAGGAAAUCUGGAGACCAAGAUAUUUACGGAUCCGAUAACCGGUAUUGUGCGCCGUGUAAGAGAGAUUGCUAUUCGUCGAAAUGGGAGAAUCGUGUCGUUGGGAGGAAACGAUGACGCCCGCAAAGCUAGCCCGCCAGAGCUGAAAGGUGUUGGGUACUACUAG